CCGACAAAUUUCCCUCCUCCAACUUACCGGACUGGAGGUUCGGGAUUCCUAUAGACUCCAAACCCUCCAACGCCCUCUGGCUUUACUGGCCCCGAAGAGCUUGCCCUAUCGUGUUUUUUUCUCUCCUACUUUCCCUGAUUCUACGCCUUUCUUUGUUUCGCGAUGCGCUUGGCCGCGUUAUCGCUCCUGCUGGGAGCUGCGGCUUCGCUGCUCUCCUCAGCUACAGCCCUCGCCGUUCGCUCGGAUAAUCCGGGGUCCUCGGCGGAUUAUUUUGUCAGGUCUCUACCCGGGCAACCCCCAGGGCCGUUGAUUAAGAUGCACGCUGGGUUAGUAGCUUCUAUCGGUUUGCCCUGAAAGAGCCGAUCACUCUAACCCCUGGCUAUUGAUUAAACUUAGGCAUAUCGAAGUCGACCAUGCUACAAAUGGAAAUCUGUUUUUUUGGCACUAUCAGAACAAACAUAUUGCGAAUCGGCAGCGCACAGUAAUAUGGCUGAACGGUGGACCUGGAUGCAGUAGCAUGGAUGGAGCUUUGAUGGAAGUCGGCCCAUACAGGUUGAAGGACGACCACACACUUGUGGAGAAUGAGGGGAGCUGGCAUGAAUUUGCCAACCUUCUUUUUGUUGAUCAACCGGUCGGGACAGGAUUCAGUUAUGUCAAUACCGAUAGCUAUUUGACGGAGUUAACACAGGUUGGUUCUUACUCUGAUCGGGUAGGCGCUUUCUGCACAUUGUUAGUUAACACCUUGUUCCUCUAGAUGUCUGAUCACUUCAUCAAGUUCUUGACAAAGUUUUUUGAGCUCUUCCCUGAGUACGAGAGCGAUGACGUAGGAUCCCCCCCGCACCCAAUCGGGAAGGCCGACUAACGCUUGCCCGUCUUGUAGAUCUAUCUUUCCGGGGAGUCUUAUGCGGGGCAGCACAUUCCCUAUAUAGCAAAUGCUAUCCUCAAGCGGAAUGCCGAUGCUGGAAUCAAGUGGAAUGUUAAGGGUCUCCUCAUCGGCAACGGGUGGAUCGAUCCACCUAACCAAUAUCUCGCCUAUCUUCCGUUUGCCUACGAAAAUGGUAUUGUGGAGAAGGGAUCACCGGUUGCCGACCAAAUUGAAAAACAAGUCGCUGUCUGUGUCAAGACAAUUGCCGAGCAGGGCAGACAUCACGUUGACCUCAACCAGUGCGAGCAGAUAUUACAAGAUAUCUUGCAGAAGACUAAGCACCAAAAGGACGGAAAGGAGGUAUGCUGGAACAUGUACGAUGUGCGCUUGGAAGACACUUAUCCUUCAUGCGGCAUGAACUGGCCUCCAGAUUUGUCCAGUGUAACCCCUUACCUCCGGAGGAAAGAUGUUUUGCAGGCUCUCCAUGUCAACCCUGAUAAACGUACCGGGUGGACUGAAUGUUCUGGUGCCGUUUCUUCCUCUUUCCGUGCUCUUAAGUCGAAGCCGUCUGUGGAGCUGCUACCAGACUUGUUGGAAGAGAUGCCUAUAUUGUUGUUCUCAGGUGAUAAGGAUCUCAUUUGCAAUCACAUCGGGACUGAAGAACUGAUCCAUAACAUGGAGUGGAAUGGUGGAAAGGGAUUCGAGCUUGAUGGGGCUCCGGGGACUUGGGCGCCUCGGGAAGAUUGGGUAUUUGAAGGCGAGCCAGCUGGAAUAUACCAGAGUGCAAGAAACUUGACUUACGUUCUUAUCUACAACUCGAGCCAUAUGGUUCCUUUUGACUUUCCUAGAAGAACGCGGGAUAUGCUCGACCGAUUCAUGGAGGUUGAUAUCGGCAAAAUCGGGGGAACCCCAGCCGACAGUGUUAUUGGCGGCGAGAAGACGCCAAUUACGAGUGUUGGCGGAACGCCCAACUCGACCGCCGCAGUUGAGAAAGAGAAGGAAAGAGUUGCUCAGGCCAGGUGGGCAGCUUAUUACCGGUCCGGGGAAGUUGCGUUGGUCCUUGUUGCCAGCGCGGCGGCCAUAUGGGGGAUUUUCAUUUGGAAGCAGCGUCGCCGAAGGGGGAAUCGUAAGGGGUCUUACGCCGGACUGGGUGGGACAAAAAUGACAGGAGGAAGUCGGGAUAGACUGGCAGAUGGAAGGGAAAGCUUUGACGAGGAUGAGCUCAGGGAUCUAACUAUCGGGAGCCCGAUGUUUGAAAGAGACCAGGAUCUUGAGGCGGCCGAGAUCAGGAGGUAUAGUCUUGGCGGAGCCAGCGAUGAUGAGUCAGACGAUGAAGAAAGAGUUGAGAAAAGACCUAGUGAGAAAUGAGCCCGAAAAUUUAAAGUGGCUUCAGUAUCUUCUCUGUUCCCCUCACCGCCUACAUUUUUUUCCAUUGGAUUUGUGUGGGAGGGGGAUCGGCGCUCGGAGACCCCAAGAAUAUCGGGUCGUGUUUAAUCGGCGAAUUUUGGGCCAAGGUGUGCACGUGUCUACGCAGGGCUGGGUUUCUUUUUCUCAUUUUUUUUACCUGUUUUUUUAUUUUUAUUUUUAUUCGAGCAUGUAAUAUGGUUCACGGCAAUUUUUUCUGUAUUUUGGGAGAACAUGGGGCACGAUAGAACGCACUUUUGGAAAGAUAUUUAUUUUAAUGGCUGCGCACGUCUUAGGGCCGGCGAUAAGCUGAGCACGCGGCUGCGCUCCGGCAAACAGCAUGCUCAUCAUUCGGGAUCACUCGCGCCUCAAAAUACUUUGAUGCUUGUGAUGCGGGACUAAUGGGGGAUGGGUUCACGGGCUUGCUAUAUACCAUUCCGACUUUUGUUACGGUGGUUGGAUGGAACGGACUUUAUACCACUAAUGUAAUUCCGGGCAUUUGUGUACUUUUAGUCUUUAGUUUAGCUCCAUGGUUCUCAUAUGUCUCGACCACCUAAAGUGGACCCUAAGUGGUUUAUGAUGUAUCCUAACUUUGGCAGUGAUUAGAGUUAUUACCGAGCGCACCAGGUCACUCGAACCAAUCUCAAUACCGACGGCAUGAUACGGCACUAGUCGAUCGGGAGCUGCACGCUUUCCUUAAUGGUGAACAUCUCGCGGUGACAGCCGUGGCCGUGGCGUGUAAUAUAUGUCGUGGGGUGUAUAUGUGAGAAUUCCCGUCCGAACACUUUCCACGACCUUUCCCUCCUCUCUCCCUCACGUUCCCUUUAUCUCUCUCUUCACAGACAUCUUCUUGGUCACUCUUUUGAAAAAUGAAAAUAAAAAUAGGAAAAUACCUACUGGCCGGCCAGCCCACGCACAAAAUAGUGAUUCCCAAGCACCCCAUCACGGCAAUCGCCCUUGCAGCACUGCGCGUGACCGCAAAUCCAUCAUACAACGUACAAACCGCCUGCGCUUCCCCGAGCACCACCAGAACCGAAAGGGAGACUUCCUAGGUCGCAGUUACGGGGGAGUACUGUGUAUCGCGGCUUCGAAGCCCACUUCGCUAUCGACGAGGGGGACGAGUACUGUACCGGUAUUGCACUAGCACAACCCGCGCUUCGUCCAGCGGGUCUAUGAUACUCUAUCCUCUCGGGCUCUGUGUAGAUGGGAGCGCCACGUGGAAUACCGGGCCCGGCGUCGGUGA